AUGCUAUCAUCUAUUGAACGAGCUACGAGGUGCAUGGGCAUCCUCGCCCUCGCUCUCCUGCCAAUGGCGAAAACCGUCCAAGCCGUACCCGAGGCCGACUUCCUCCUGCCUCGACAAUUACAGCAAACACUUUGCUCCAGCCAAAACACGGCCUCUAUGAGCGCUAAUCUUAGUACCUGGCAGACGAACGGACUUUGCCAAGACUUUUGCAGAGAUAAGAACUACGCUUUUGCCAUCGUGCAGUGGCAGUCGUGCUGGUGUUCGGAUGUUGCGCCGGCCCCGUCAACGGAAGCGGAAAUCAGUGACAAGUGCAACGAUAUUUGCCCUGGCUACGACAUUGAGCGCUGCGGCUCAAGACCGAACUACUUUGGCUAUCUGACCCUUGCUAAGACGCCCGUCAGCACCGCAGGCAGCGGAGGCGGCAGCGGAGGCGCUACAACGUCGUCCAAGGUACCAUCUUCAACAGCAACAUCGAGCAAGCCUAGAACGACUGUCCAGACAGUCACAGCCGACGGAACCGUACGGACCGUCACCGUCACGCCAACUGCCACAGGAAACGACGUUGCAACAGGCGCCUCAGAAUUGGCCCCUUCGGACCAAUCGACGUCGAACGGACCGAGCACCGGCGCUGUCGUUGGAAUCGUCGUGGGUGUUAUUGGUGCUGUCGUGGCCCUGGCCGGGAUAGGACUCUUCCUGUUUUUCAGACGACGGAAGCAACGCCAGAACGAGAACGACAAGUACGACGUGCCCAGCCAUCGGGGCAGCUCGGCUGGCAUGUCGGGAUCGCCACGCAACCCCGAAAUGGUUGUGACCGUCGACGGAGGACGGUGGGACCCCGACACAACCAGUGAGCAACGAAGAAGCCGACUGCUGGCGCAUGAUCCUCGCCUGGACCCCCUCCCGAGAGGCUUGUACGUGCGCAACAAGAGCGCGGAGAGCAUCAACACCCUACGCGACGACCAAGAUUACUCCCGAAAGGUUCACCAACCGGUUUUGCGAGCGACCAACCCGGAUCCCGAAUGA